UCAUCAUCUUCUUCUGCUGAAACUAAAUUUAAAUUGGCUUUUCCGGGUGUGAUGGCUAGCGAAAAUUCUCAGCUUCACAUACUCUUCUUCCCUUUCUUUGCCCCUGGCCACAUGAUACCAAUGACGGACAUGGCUAAGCUAUUCGCAGCGCGUGGCGUGAAGGCAACCAUUGUCACCACCCCUCUCAACGUGCCUUUCGUCUCCAGAACGAUUGAAAGAAUCGAAACUCACGGCGGUGCCACCGCCACUGCCACUGCCGCCAAGGUUGAUAUCCAAACGAUCAACUUCCCGGUUGAAAAGGCUGGCCUGCCAGAAGGAUGCGAGAACUUCGAAUUGCUGCCUUCCCGCGAAAUGUCGAGCAGUUUCCUCAAAGCCCUUGCGGUGCUUCAAGAACCAUUCGAGCAGCUACUCCAUGACAUUGACUACCACGCUGAUUGCCUCGUUGCUGACAUGUUCUUUACAUGGGCAACCGAUGCUGCUGCUAAAUUUGGUAUCCCAAGGCUUGUUUUCAGUGGACACAGUUUUUUCUCCACGACUGCUUGGGAGAGUGUGACGCGAUAUGAACCUCACAAGAAGGUUUUAUCUGAUUCUGAACCUUUUCUCAUUCCUAAUUUUCCUGGAGAGAUAAAGUUGACGAGUAUGCAACUACCGAGCUUCAUUCGGGAAGAGGUUGAAACUGACAUGACCAAUGUGUUGAAAGAAGCUGCAGAAGCAGGCAUGAGGAGCUAUGGGAUUGUUGUAAACAGCUUCUAUGAGCUGGAGCCGGCUUAUGCAGAUCAUUACAGAAAGGUUUUCGGAAGGAAGGCAUGGCAUAUAGGGCCAGUUUCAGUGUGCAACAAGGAAGCUCAAGAUAAAGCUCAGAGGGGGAAAGAAUCCUCUGUUGAUGAACAUGAAUGCCUGAAGUGGCUUAAUGCAAAGAAACCCAAUUCAGUUGUUUAUAUAUGUUUCGGAAGUUUCGCUUACUUCAAUGAUUCCCAGCUUAUGGAGAUUGCAAGGGGUCUUGAGGCUUCUGGGCAGCAAUUCAUUUGGGUUGUGAGGAAAGAAAAGAAUGGUGGAGGAAAAGAAGAGUGGCUGCCUCAAGGAUUUGAGAAGAGAAUGGAAGGUAAGGGCCUAAUCAUAAGAGGUUGGGCGCCCCAAGUUUUGAUUCUUGAUCAUGAAGCAGUUGGAGGAUUUGUGACUCACUGUGGCUGGAAUUCAACGUUGGAAGGAGUCACUGCUGGGGUUCCCAUGAUCACAUGGCCUGUGUUCGCCGAACAGUUUUUUAAUGAGAAGUUGGUGACUCAGGUAUUGAAAAUUGGAGUUGAAGUUGGUGUUAAGCGAUGGCUUCAAGGAGUUGAUGCAGUGGGGGAAGAAAGUAUCAAGAAGGAAGCAAUAGAGAAGGUAGUGAAGCGAAUUAUGGUGGGUGAAGAAGCAGAGGAAAUGAGAAGCCGAGCCGAGGCACUUGGAGAGAUGGCAAGGAGGGCUAUGGAAAAAGAGGGAUCAUCUUACUCUGAUUUUAAUUCUUUGAUUGGAGAAUUAAAGUCACGUUGCCCUUGAGAUGCAAGCAAAUUAACGAUGA